AUGAAGAAGACAGCGCGCGAACGCAAGGAGAGAAGAGGUUUUGUCCCGUUCGUAAACGUGACCUUCAAAGCGGCGAAGAAACGACGAGAGGACGAAGAACAACAACAACAGUGCGUGAAGACACCAAACGCGAUAAAGAAGAGGAGGAACGCGACGAUGGCGUUCGGUGGUACGAGCGGCGAAAAGAAGAAGUUUUAUCCUCGUCGUCGUCCUGUGAGGGAAGAGAAAGAGAGCUUGAGCGAAGGAGCGGACUCAGGAGCAGGAGCAGGAGGAGGAGGCGAAACGACCUCUGAGAUGAAGGAAGACGAAGACAAAGAAGACGAUUCGAAGCACCCGGAUGUCGCGUGGACAGCUGUCGUGACGAUGCUGCGACACGUGGAUGCGUUUGUAAAAGACUCGAAGGAAGAUCCGGAGAUCAUCGCGAGCGCGUAUCUAUGGAAAGAAUGGCGGUUCUUUCCGAUCUUGCGCGAGGCUUUGUUGGCGUCGUCGUCGAACGCCUUUUACUGCGCGGACACUUUAGCCGGCGAGGAGAAAGAAAGGGCGGUGGUGGCAGUGGCGAGAAAAGUUGAGGAAAGAUGGAAAAGGGUGAAGAUAAAGAGAGGCGAGAAGGCGAGCGAUGCGAGAGAGAUCCUUUUGGGCGUGUUGGAGACUUUAGAGGAGGAAAUGGUAGAGGCGCAUCGAGUCGGUAAGUUGCCGAAGAAGAAGAAGAAAAAGGUAGAGGAAACGGCGAAGAAAGAGGAAGAGACGACAAAAGACGCGGACAAGAAAGAAUUAGAAGCGCCACUUAACUUUGGUGAAAUCGUCGCGCAAGAAAUGGCCGCAAAAGAGGCGUUAUGGAAACCGAAAGAAGAAAAAGAAGAAGAAGAAGAAGAAGAAGAAGAAGAAGAAGAAGAAGCGUGCCAAAACCUAUCCGUCUACGAAACCAGGUGCCCCGCGCGACGGAACUUUGAGAUGCGAUGCGAAGUUCGCACGCAAUGCGUCGCGUGUCAAGACGUCUCUGUUCGCGAAGAGACGAUGAUGCACUUAUCUCUCGACAUGCCUUCGUUGAAUAGCGCGAAUGGCUCGUUGCGGCAUCACCCUUUGGAGGUGCAACUGAGAGAGUAUUUUCAGACGAAAGUUAUCGAGCACCGGUGCGCAAAGUGCGGCGCAGAUGUCGCGGAAGAAACGCGUUUGUUGACGCAGUUGCCGAGAUAUCUACUCGUGCAUGUAAACCGUUUCGUCUGGAUGAAGAGGAAAGACGAUCCGAGCGUCAACGAGCGACGCAAGGUGUGUUGGCGCGUCUCGUGUCCAAAAAAUCUUCCUCUUUCCCUGUUGCCAAAAUCGUCCAACCACACCCUUCCACCGGAGGUGUGCGCAUCUACCACAACUACUAAUGAUAUAGGGGACGGGGUUUAUUCGUUACAUUCGGUUCUCUCGCACUGUGGUGAAGACGAAGAACGAGGUCGAACGCUACUCCACGUGCGAAACAAAAAAGUCCUCGAACGCGGUAACGUUCACCACAAAGAAACGUGGACUAUAUACGACGAGGACAUCGUGGGCACGUCCGGCAAUGCGCGAUUAAACGAAACUGAAAAGUUUGAAAGAGAAUCGUACGUGUUGCUGUAUUCGCACCCAAGCUUUACUUUUUGA